UUCCAUAUGAUCAAUAUUGAAACUAUGUUUUAAUGUUGAAUGUCCGAGCAGCAUGGUGCCCAUGGGUGGUACCUGACUGUUUGGCAAUAAUUAAGUAGGUUAUUCGAGUGCAACUCUGAAACUGACACGUGUUUCCCAUAGUCUGUCUCACAGUCCCUUGACCACUUUAUUUUCCCUAAUGCCUAGCCUUCCCUGCAAUUUAAAUGGCUCUAUUUGUUGUUGUCAAAAUUCUAUAUAUUCAGAGACUGAGCGUUAGUCUAGUGUUUCCCAUAUCACAUACAGACAGGGCCCAUGCACGGACCAUCAUAGAUUGGUAAUGGGAAGAGAUUCCAUUGUGCGUACAUCUGAAAUAGCAGCUCAACACAAGAAUAUAUUACUGAAAAUCAGCAAUGACGCAGGUUUUGUGGGAGCAGGACAACCACACGAGGAUUAAAGUAAUAUGAUAUUUGCAAGUGGUAUAUACUGCACAACCUUUGUUACAGUCAACUCCACUGGUAUCUAUCUUUGCGGGAAAGGUUUUGGGGCUUACUCAAGCGAAUGACAACAUUUUUAGAGUCAACAUUUCCUUAGAAUUCUUAAUUUGUAGGUGUAUGGGGGAAUUCGGAAGAUCUAAUACAGGGUAGACUAGAACAUUUACACUCUUGCUUAGUUUUGUAUUCAUGUUGAUGACAGUGUUGUCGGUGUCCGGUUUACCGUGUUGAAAGAGUUGAGAUAACAGUCAUCACUACUUUGAAUAAAUUCAACAGUUAUGGCAUAAUUAUUUUCUCUUCACUAAAGAUUUGUUUAUGUAUUCUCCGAGCUCAUUAUAAUUUUGGGAGACUUCUAUAUUUAUUUGUGUGUCCCAAACUAUUACUACUGCGGCGUGACACACUAUCCAUUUCCAUGAAUUUAACAUAAUUCAUACAACGUGUGCGUACUCCUUUGGGGUAGAAACGUUUCAACUUAUCCAUUUGCCAUUAUACUGACAAAUGCAUCGCGUACUUGUUCAGAAUGAAUAUAUACACUCAGUACAUUUCGUUCUGGAAAGUCUGUUCUCUGUAUUGUUGUUGUUAAAUAUUGAAUGCCCUUAAGAAUUUACCGUUGUAUUUGAAAACCACUUGUAUCCAGUAUAUUCUUUUAACAUAAGCUUAAGGUCUGAAUAGCUUGCCGUUUGGUUAUAAAAGAACGCAAUAUUUAACCCUGACGUCAACGACUAGAGGUGACUGUGUGCAUCCGAAACUGUUACAGUUGUACACGUAUGUAUGACCUGGGUCUAACAAAGCCAGUGUUUGUAUUUGUGCUACCUCGCUCUGAUAAUUAUGUAUAUCAGGUGUCACCUGUUGAUUAAAUUACGCCCCUAUCGAACUGUCCAAAGAUUGUAUGGAUCUGGCCUUGUAUAACUUGCAUGGUAUUACAUUGCUCUCAAUCUCCAGAUUUGUUUGUACACAGUACAUACUCAUGUUGUUAAAUACCAGACAUAGAAAUAUAAUGAAAGCGUAACAUUUAAUCCGGACAGGAGAGUGCGUUCAAAAUACAAAAUACAAAAUGAAGUGUCCUAACACUAACAUAAAAUCAGGUCAACAGGCCCAUCACCUAGAUCUCAUUUGAAAUGAUACAAUUACUUCCGUUUCAUUUGAAAAAAAUCAUGACGAAUUUAAGGAAACAACGAACUGAAAUACAUGUCUAUUGCUAACACAGGCACUGCUUGAGUUCCCCCAUAUAACUCAUCUUGCCGAAAUUUGUGUAAUACACGAAACUAUGACAGCAGGGAACCAGGUAUUAGGAAGUUCAUCUGAUUGCGUAAGCGCGCGUGCAGAUUCCCGCUAUCUGAUAUCAGGUUCCAGACAAAUGACCACAUGACGUCCAAGGAGUACCAGAUUGACUGUUUCAUAACAGAUGUCACAUGAUGUAGAUGUUGGACCUAAAUAGACAGGACAUUCUCCUUCCAAAUCAUUCUCACUUCCAUCACGUUUAGAAGUCUGACGUUGUCUGCUCACAGCUCCUUCAUCCAGCAAUGGCUCCCCAGAACGUGUUCUCCAUGUUCCGUCAGUCUCAGGUGCAGGAGUUCAAGGAAGCCUUCGCCCUCAUCGACGUCAACAGGGACGGCGUCAUCGAAAUAGACGACCUGAAGAGCAUCUACGGCAACCUGGGCAAAGUGCCCGCCGACUCCGAGCUGAAGGAGAUGUUGAAGGAGGCCCCUGGUCCCCUGAACUUCACCACCUUCCUCAACCUGUUCGGGGAGAAGAUGGGAGGGACGGACGGCGAGGAGACCAUCCGUAGCGCCUUCGCCAUGUUUGACGAGGAGGGCAAGGGCGUGCUGCCCGAGGAGUACAUCAAGGAUCUCCUGGAGAACAUGGGAGACAACUUCACGAAGGAGGAGAUCAAACAGACGUGGAAGGAGGCCCCUAUUUCCAAGGGCAUGUUCAACUACGUGGCCUUCACCGCCAAGGUCAAGGGCAAACAGGAUGACGAGGAAAUGGCCAAGGCUUAAACGCCUGGACUGAUGAACUCUGUAGUGUAAAGUAUUUCUUGAUAUGUGUUAUAUUUAUGACUGAUUGUCUUCGGACAUCGCCCCGGACAACAUUGUGAUAGAGUGACUUGUGCCAACUUCAACAUGAGACAAGGCUGGUACCGAGUGUGUUUGUACAUACUAUAUCCGGAUUUUCCAAAAUACAAAACAACUUCACAAGCGGUUUCCGCCUCUGCUGAAACACAUUGUUCUAGUGAACAUCAUUCUGCCACAGAUGCUAAUGUUAUAUCUAUAUAUUGCUACUGUAAUAACCGCGCUGACAACACGGUAUUAUAUGAACUGUCAUCACCUUUUCACGAAUAUCUGACAUAGCAAGGAAGGACAUUCCUUGAGGUGGUUUACAAGUCCGUUGUUCUCACAUCCGAUCGGAUGACUGUGCUCUACGCAAAUAUCUUGGAUGUAUGAAUGAACUGUAUGGACAGGUUGUUGGUUAGUUUAGUGCAAUAAAUGUCGUGACAUGAUCUUGUUGAUUCUGUUUCAUUGUUAUAAGUACCUGGAAUCUUUAUUUGAAUCUACGAAUUUGAAUUUUCCAAUGUGAUCAAAACAGUGAUCUCGGGUAUAUGUUGACUGUAAUGUACAAAGGUACUCAGUAUUACUGGUACAUAAAAUAACACGCACAACGUAGGGAUCAGUCAGCUGUGUGAGUCAUGUAGAACCACAAUACAAACCCCCUGCUUUCUUGUUGGUUAACAUUUCAACCCAGUUAUACAGGUAUCUGAUGAUUUUGCCCAGUCAUCCCUUGUUGCCCUUGUAAGGGAAUUUUAAGGGUGGUGGGAAGCGGGGAUAGCCUAGUGGGUAAAGCGAUCGCUCGCCACGCCUAUGUCCCGGGUUCGAUUCUCCACAUGGGCAGAAUGUAGGAAGGCCAUUUCUGGUGUCUCCUUCUUUGCUGGAAUCUUUUUCGAAAGCAGCGUUUUAAACCUUAUUCACUCACUCUUGUCAUGUUAGACCCAGGCAUAGCUGGAUGUCGUUCAUACAUACCUCACUCGUGAACAAAUUUAGCGAGAAAUGGCAUUAACUAUGCAAGGACAACCAAAUAUAGCUUUGAUAACGGGAGAUCAGUUACACCAACACAGACUCUGUAGAGUCUAUAUGGUUAUCAAGGCGUGUCAAGUCGACAUCAGUGGCAUCACUGACAUAAUAUGUUUGGCUUGAGUAGCAAGUCAGAUCAUCAUACUACAAGGCCCAUAUUGUACUCUGUCUGUGGAUCAUAGCUGUAAAAAUGUGCGAAUUACAUACCACUCACAAACAGUUAAACAAACAUUGGAUUUCUGUAAUCCUUAGUUAAUCUCUGUCACGGUAUGAUGGAUUCAGGCGUUCUUUAACAUCUUUUCAUGAACUGUUGAAAAUAUUCAACUGAUAACCAUACAAAGGACUACUACUGACGCCUAUGAAUCACUCUCGGACUCAGUCUGUUUCCAGCACAGUGAUUGGCUUUUGUUAAAAUCUGAUAUUCUGAAUGAAAUAUGUGACUACUGUCGCUUAAUAUCUCACUUGCCUUUCUCACAAAUUUGCUUGCAGUAUUCAGUUGUAUGUAUUUUAAACAUAUACUGAACAGACAGGCUCUGAUACCAGCAAUGGACUUUAAAAACUAAAUAUAUUUGAAUAAAUCAUAUAUAUAUAUGAUUUUUUCUUAAAGUUCACAGGUAUACAGUUAGAUAUAUUUCAAUAGAUUGAAAGAAACACCGAGCCAAUUUCACUCCUACAUGUUUCAUUAAUUUCUUCGGGGAGUAAAUGACAAAGGCUCGAUGAGGUCGGGCGAUUUAGAAGGCCAUGGAAGUACUGUUGUGUUCUCAUUCUGAGGGUACUGAAUAGUGGCAUGUCCUGUGCGAAGCCAUGUAUUAUCUUACCAACUUCCUCUGGCGGUCAGUGAUCGGAAUCACGUGAAUCGUUAAGAAUUCGUCUCUGUACCAAAAGGCAGUUAAAUUGCCUUAAAGGCGACCAAAGAUAGAUUUCUGCAUGUAGGAUUCAGGUGUGCGA